UCUGGUCCCUUCAGCUCAACUUCCGGGUGGAAACUGUGUGUAUUAAUUAGAUUCUGCCUGCAAUAAUUCAUCUGGACGAACUUUGUCGGCCCCGCUAACCUGUGUAAAAUGUCCCGAGGCUCGAGUGCGGGGUUCGACCGACACAUAACCAUCUUCUCUCCCGAGGGAAGGCUCUACCAAGUCGAAUAUGCUUUCAAGGCCAUCAACCAAGGUGGACUCACGUCAGUAGCCAUCAGGGGGAAGGACUGUGCGAUUGUUGUAACACAGAAAAAAGUGCCGGACAAGCUCCUGGAUUCCAACACAAUGACUCACCUUUUCAGAAUAACAGAUAAUAUUGGAUGCGUAAUGUCUGGGAUGACGGCUGACAGCAGGUCCCAAGUGCAGCGAGCUCGCUAUGAGGCGGCCAACUGGCAGUACAAGUACGGUUAUGAGAUUCCAGUGGACAUGCUGUGUAAGAGGAUGGCGGACAUCUCACAAGUCUACACGCAGAAUGCUGAAAUGCGACCACUGGGCUGCUGUAUGAUUGUGAUCGGCAUAGAUGAGGAGUUAGGCCCCCAGGUGUACAAGUGCGACCCAGCAGGCUACUACUGCGGCUUCAAGGCCACCGCCUCUGGAGUCAAGCAGACAGAAGCCACCAGCUUCCUGGAGAAGAAAGUGAAGAAGAAAUUGGACUGGACCUUUGAACAGACUAUUGAGACGGCAAUUUCAUGUAUGUCAACUGUUCUUUCCAUUGACUUCAAGCCCUCUGAGCUCGAGGUGGGCGUCAUCACAACACAAGACCCCAAGUUCAGGAUUUUGACAGAGACUGAAGUGGACGUCCACCUGAUGGCCCUGGCCGAGCGCGACUGAGCGGCCUCCAGUUAGAUUAAAGCUAGAGCAUGAUGGGAUCUGCAGUUCCCAGAUGGAGGAUGGUGUUAUCUUUGUUUGCUGUACAUUUACCCCACUGUUUCAUUCAACAAUAAAAAAAAAUAUGUUUUUGGAGUAAAA